UAGGCAUACGUGAAAAUAAACACAUGUAUGUAUGUAUGUGCAUAUAUUAGGUGAAGUAAAAAGUUCUUACCUUGUUUGCGCUUUAUUUCGACGCUGAAAUUAGCAUAGUUGCACUCAUAAUUAUGGUUAUGCAAAUAGUUCAAAAAAGUUUUCUAACUCAUCUUCAAGUCAAAAUCCUGGGCAAUAAAAUAAGCUCUAACUAAUAUGCCGAACUGGGUCGACGAUUUCUAUUAUUUCAUCAACAUUCACGACGAUUGAUUAACAAGAAUGGAAUCGUUUCAAUCAACUGUUACAUUCGAUACUGUCUUUGGUGCAUAAACAACACAAAUUUUUUCUGCCGCUUGCUUUGACUUUUCCCUUGGCCAUACUGGCAUUGAUGAAUGUAUCGAGCUUUCUCUUCUUUACCUAUAUUUUGGAACGCUGUAACACUGUAACUGGCUUCACUAAAUACAAAAAUAUCAGAGACUUUUUAGAAGCCUAACAUCACCUCUAAAUCGGAGGUAUGUGCGCCAUUUAGCGCAAAACAUUCAGAACUAUUUACUUCACCUAAUAUUUCGAAGUACGAGCUAUUAACUAUGUGUGUAUGUGGUAGCACAUAUUUGGAAGGAGGUAGAGGUUGCUCAUCUCGUUUCUGCCAAAAACUGAUUUUGCUAAGAUGUGAAGAAAAAAUAAAGUGAACAGCGACUAUAGAAUGGAGCGCAAUGACGCAAAUCGUGUACAGAUUCAGAUGCACAUACAUAUGUGGAUAAAUUAGCUCGUGAAUAGUAUAAUUAAUAUUAAAUUAAAUCUCGUCACAAAAUUACGUGGGUAUGUGUUUAAAAUGCCGGAAAUUGUGGAUACCGAGUUGUUGGUGAAUUGCACAAUACUCGCCGCUAGGCGUUUUGAGCUGAACACUAUCGUUAAUUCGUCUGCACUGAAUGACCUGAAUCGCACGGAAGUCAUCAGUCUACUGUCUGGAAUUAUUGAGAAUAAAGACAAUUUGGACAAUAUUAACGAAGCAAAAGACUUUUUAACCGAGUGUUUAUUCCCGUCACCGACACGACCAUAUGAAUUACCAUGGGAGCAAAAAACAAUCUGGGCCAUUAUUUUCGGAGUAAUGCUGUUUGUGGCAAUCGCAGGAAAUUGCAUUGUGUUAUGGAUCGUUGCUGGUCAUCGCAGCAUGAGGACCGUUACAAAUUACUUUUUGCUUAAUUUGAGUAUCGCCGAUUUGUUGAUGUCUUCGCUGAACUGCGUUUUCAAUUUCAUCUUUAUGCUGAACUCUGACUGGCCAUUUGGCUCCAUUUAUUGCACCAUAAAUAAUUUUAUGGCAAACGUCACCGUCUCGACGUCGGUUUUCACAUUGGUGGCCAUCUCAUUAGACAGAUACAUUGCGAUUGUUCAUCCUUUAAAGAGACGCACGUCGCGCCGGAAAGUGCACAUCAUUUUACUACUGAUUUGGGUUCUUAGUUGCCUAUUGGCGGCCCCUUGUUUAAUGUACUCCAGCACAAUGACGAAAAGAUACUACAAUGGCAAAUCGCGAACUGUGUGCUUCAUGUUGUGGCCAGAUGGGCGUUAUCCAACAUCCAUAUCAGAUUAUACUUACAACAUAAUCCUCCUCAUUCUUACCUAUGGUUUUCCAAUGGUGGUUAUGCUAAUAUGCUACACAUUAAUGGGCCGUGUGCUCUGGGGCAGCCGUUCUAUUGGAGAGAAUACCGAUCGUCAAAUGGAAUCGAUGAGAUCAAAGCGAAAAGUAGUUCGUAUGUUUAUUGCCAUCGUUUCAAUAUUUGCUAUCUGCUGGUUUCCAUAUCAUAUGUUCUUCAUCUAUGCGUACCACAACAACGACGUCACUUCUACCAAGUAUGUGCAACACAUGUACUUGGGGUUCUAUUGGCUGGCUAUGUCAAAUGCUAUGGUAAAUCCAAUAAUAUAUUAUUGGAUGAACAAACGAUUUCGGUUGUACUUUCAAAGGAUCGUCUUUUGUUAUUGCUGUAGUCCAGGCAAACAUAAAACGGACUCCCCGAAUAUAAUUGCUAAUAAAAACAGUUUUCAAAAAAUUGCAAAAGCGGAGGGGAAAAAUAUUUGGAAACGGAGCACAAUGGAGACACAAAUACAGGUUGCACAAACAUCGCUGCGCGAGAGAAUCAUCAGUGAGAGAACACCGAAUAGAGUUGUAGUAGACUGCAUACAAGAGAAAGCCAAGGAGGAUUUCGGAUCUCCAGUGUACAUUUCCAUUAAGGACGGUGCAGAGCACCGCUGCAUUAGAAUUAAAUGUAUUUCAUGUGACGAAGACAAUAAACCCGGAGGCGAUAUUCAUAAGAAGGAUAUGAAAGAAACUUUGUGAUUGUAACUACGCAGUGCAUAGUAUGUCAGAGACGUACAACUUUAGUUUAGUAUGCCCGUAUUAAAGUAUUUACUAAUGCUAAGUACUUGAAUGUUAAUAAUAGGUAUUUAUGAAUGUAUAGUAUGUAUAUAUAAACCAUACAUAUGCAUAUGUACGUAUUCCAACAUAGCACUUUCAGCCUACAAAUCACUACAUUAUUUAAAUUCAAGGCUAUGUUUAUAAUAUUAGUCAUAUACGGCUGUAGUUUAAAGUACAAUAGAAGUCAAUAAAAUAUAAAUCAAAAAGUAUCAUAGUAAGUCUACAUAUGUAGGUAUGUACAUACAUAUAUGCGUUCGGAGAGAUUCGAACUUUUUAUACUCAGCUCAUCUUUUAGUGUGGAAUACAUUUGAGUGAGCUGAUUAAUUUUUGUUUAAACGCUAUAUUACAACGAAUAUUUUAGGCAUCAAUCUAUAUUGUUUAUAAAUAUCACCGUUUAUUUGAAAUUGGAUAUCAUUUGCCUUUCCAAACUUUCAGUUAUAUGCGAGGCGAGCGUGGUCGAUGAUUAUACUUAGGAUACUCACGAGACCGUGCCAAGUCUCUUUUUCAAAAUAUUCAUAUACGAAUAUUUCUUAUGCCUCAGGGAUAUAAGUAUAUGUGUGUGUAUCAAAUUAUUUUGAAAUAAAACUAUCAGUAAUGAUGACUUUAAACGUUUCAGUAUAAUUUUAAUAGCACUAAUGAGAAGUCAAAAAAAAAAAAAAAAUAAAGCAACUGAAUUUCAAUAUGGUCAUUUAACUAAGGAAAUAAAUAAAUGUGCAUAAGGAUAUAUUCCAAUUAAUUUUUAAAUGAAAUAUUUCACGUGGUUUUCAAUAAUAAAUCUGUUCUCCUAUUUUAAACAACAUUUAAUUGCAUUUGUGGUAUGAAGCCCAUGCGCAGUUUUAGCGUUGAAGGGCUUAUUUCACGCCACUCAAUUCACAAAGCCUGUUUGAGCUGCUUAACUCUUUUAACCUGCCGACCCUUCUCAUAAAUUUUCUCCGAAAGGAUGCUCCGCAAGUCUUCAAUUGGAUUUAGGCCCGACCCGAUCGCUAGCUACUCAAAACUCAAUGAAAGAAACUAUAUACUUUUCAGUACGCCCUGUUUGAGGCGUUGUACUGCUGGAAGACCCAGAAAUCUCCGUAGAGGUCCACAGAAAAUGCAAUACAUAUAUAUCACCCAGCGGAUACAAGUACAUACCUGCUCGCAUUUGUUUGAUUAAUGUGAAACAGAACGGAGACUUCACAGUCACAUCUAAAAUCUGCCGAAAUCAUUAGCGAUCCGCCAAAAUGAUGCCACUAGCCACGAGUUAACUGGGGUUGCCGUACGUUGCCCUCUGACCCAAAUAAAAUUUUGUUUGUCUGAUCAGGAAUUCGGUGACCAAGUAUUUAGUUUAAGUGAUUUAAGUUUUUAGGUAAUGCCAAACGAGCCAGUAAGCCAGUUUUCUCUCGGGGCAAAUACCUAAUCAAUGUAUUUUUGAGCAAAUGAACUCUUGGUGGAUACAUUAAAACCGAACCCAGGAACGAAUUUUUGUUUUCAACUGCCGAACUUCGCGCUCACACCGUUUAUCCAUAUUAGACGGUCUGACAGGGCAUUAGAUUAUGCCAUAACUAUCGGCUAGCGUAGCCAACAACCAUUCUAAAGGGGCAUUCUCUAAUAGCGGUAGCCUCUUGGUAUUCAAUGGCAAAUCUCCGUUUAUAUUUCUACCAUGAAAAAAGCUGCGCAUAAAAAAACAUCUACUGUUGGAGGGGGCAUAAAUCUGAAGAUCCCUUUAUUUAACGGAGCUCGACCAAACAUCUAGCAAAGGUGUAUAUAUAGGAGUUCAAAUAAAACAGUACUUAGCCAUAUUUCUGUGGCUGAUUCUUACACACAGUUAGCGAUAAGUACAUACAAAAUCAUCAACUUUAGCGAAGUCCUCAACCAUCUGUGCCCUCCUUCUGGCAGAAAAAUGUAAAACAUAGAUGGCGCUCCAAGCAGUAAGAAGGCGUUGUUCUUAAGCUUAGGGCUGGUAGCAGCAGGCUAAGCACCUACCCCGUCAGAAAUCAAAUAGAUUUACGUAACCAACGCAAGGCAUAAAAAAAAAACAAAAAACAUACAAAACUAGCGUGAGGGGGCAAAAUUUUGCCGUAGUAAAAAUCAUAACUCUUUUGAAAGAAAAUGUAUGUAGCAUCUGAGAUCGUAUGCCAUCAGAAAGUACUGGAUAUUGAGUCAGAAGAGGAAAUAGAUGCGGACCCAGCUCAAUAUAUACAAUGAGAUGUAAAAAUCACGAAAAAUAUCAUACAGUAGAUGAAAUUAGGGCAAGCGAAAGUGUAAGAAACUUGGAAGGUACACAAAAAAAUGUUUCCUGAAGCAAACGUCCAUUAACGGUUAGCACAGAAGUAGGUUGGAUUAGGUUAAGGGUAAGCGGUUGUCCACUGUGGGACACACUCAGUCUCAUAGCCCAUUGUGAAGCCGCGUGGGGAGCCUGUGCUUAUCCCUCCUAAAACCAGUGUUUACUUUUCAAAAAUUUUAGACGAUCCCUGAUUUCCACAAUUCUGAAAUCUUCCCAAUUCAUUAAAGAAUUGGCUACCUAAAAUGGUAAAUCUACAUCUGAACAAAGCAGUACAAUGGCACAGGCGGUGCGAUAUAGUUUCUGCCUCUUCUUCAUCUAGACAGCUUCUGCAGAAGUCAUGUGUUUGCAUGCCCAUACUCUGGGCAUUUCUGCCAAUUAGGCAGUGCUUAGCAUUGGCCAAAAUUAUUAGGCGAUUCUGCAGGUACUUUCAUUACGCCAUCUUUCAUUCCUUGCUCUUACAAUUUUCUCAAAAAUAAGUAGCUUACAAGUCUGUAAGGGUAUGCCUAUUUCAUUGUCUGUGUACUCAGUCAACUUGGUGCUGAGCCUCGCUAGUUCAUCAGCUCUACAGUUACCCCCAUCUCGUUAAGAGAUGUCCGGCAUUUCAUGGCUACCUUGGAGGUUGUUGACUAUUUUGUGAGGGGUUUUAUCGCCACCUGACUAUCAGUAAAAAUGUAGAUAUUGUCUCUAGGUAUCGUAUCGCUCUUUACCAGUGUCACGGCUUUUAUUAUUGCUAUCAGUUCAGCCUGAAUAAAGAUCCAGCGGCUACGUUGGCUGGGUCAUGUCGUCCGAAUGGAUAUAAACGCUCUGGCUUUAAAAGUAUUCGAUGCGGUACCAGCUGGUGG